GUACCUAUCUUUUCAAACGUUGUCGACGGGUGGUGUUGAAAUGACAAAGAAAAUGUAAAUUUUUCUCAGAAAAUAUAACUGAUUUCAGUAGAUUUGAGAAACAACUCAAACAAGCAUAAAGAUUGUCGUUGGCGAGCAUCAAGUGGCACUGAUAUAAACCGGAAUUGAAACGUUUCUCAUUACAUUGCAAAUGUUGUCGCAUUUCGUUUGAAGAUUAUUCGUCCGUGACUUGCUCUGAAAUUGCAUUGCAUUUUGUGUGAUAGAAUGAUGAGUUUUGUAUAAUGAACAAUUGACUUGAAAGUUGAAAAUGUCUGCAGAAUUCGAUCGGGGAUAUGGAAGUAUCAUAGGGGGUACUGGUGGUGGUAUGGAUGAUAGACAGUUUGCUGGAGGAUAUCAGUCUGAUGAUUAUGUGAUAUUCCAAUCUCUGAGCGACACCGUCAGUAGCAAUUUAUUUCAAAUCAAUUCAAAUGUGCAAGCAUUGGAGAAAAUCUGUAAACAGCUUGGAUCAACUUUAACAGAGGUUCCAUACGAUAAAUUACAUGAUAUUCAACAAGGAACUAACAAGAUUGCCUCUGAUACAACAGUUUGUCUUAAACGAAUGAUCAAUUUACAAGGAGGCAGUGUAACAGAAAGAAGAAAACAAAAGCUGCAACAAGAAAGGUUAAAAGAUGAAUUUGAAGACUCCAUUUCAAAGUAUACAAAUAUCCAAAAGAAACUUAAAGAAAAAAGUAAACAACUGUUCAAUAACUCCACAAGCACGGUCAAGUUCACGUCACAUAAAAACAACGAAAAGGCAAAAGGCGACAAGACGACGCUAUUAUCAGACGAUGUCUUAGGUGACCAACAGCAGUUGGAUGAUUCCGUAUCGCUGAUCGAAGAACGAGAGAGAUUAGUGAGACAGCUAGAGUCUGACAUUCUUGACGUCAAUGAGAUAUUCCGAGAUCUAGCAUCCAUCGUUCACGAGCAGGGUGAAGUUGUAGAUUCCAUUGAGGGCAACGUCAUCACUGCACAUGAUGACGUAAUAAAUGCGAAGGACGAACUACGUAAAGCAAGCGUGUAUAGGAGAAAAGCGCGAAAAAAGAAAUGUUGUUUAUUGUUGUUAUUUUUGAUCAUUUUGACAAUAGUUAUUCUUGUGAUAUAUUACGAGACGAAAUAAUUACAGUUACAUGAAGUAACGUACUGUUUGGGAUAAUUGAUACCUUAAGUACUUCAUGGAUAUGUUAGUCGUAGAAUUAUUAGUGUUAGGUAGUUGUUUAGUCCCCUUCCCUCCCCCCCCCCCGACUAAUCACAUUCAACUAUUAUUACAAACUUUGUCUUCGUCGAAUGACGGGGGGGGGGGAAUUGAGGCUAGUAAAUCAUGAAAUGUUUAUGUGUAUGUUACAUGAAAUGAAUGAAAUAUGUUCGUCUACGAUAUAAGAAAUUAUAUUCAAAAAUAAGAACUUCAA